CCAGGCGCUCGCAUUGGCCGCGCUUGCAGACCCACGGGGAGGCGGGUGGUGCACCGCGGGCGCAGUCGGUCGUGUUUCGUGGCGCCGCCAUCAUGUCGCGGGAGUUCGAGCUGUGCCCCGGGCGGCGGGUGGGCGGCGACCAGCCCUGCUUCAUCAUCGCCGAGAUCGGGCAGAACCACCAGGGCGACCUCGACAUCGCCAAGCGCAUGAUCCGCAUGGCCAAGGAUUGUGGAGCAGACUGUGCUAAGUUCCAGAAGAGUGAACUGGAGUACAAAUUCAACAAGAAAGCCUUAGAGAGGCCGUAUACCUCUAAACACUCAUGGGGAAAGACCUACGGGGAGCACAAACGCCACUUGGAGUUUAGUCAUGACCAGUAUAGGGAGCUAAAGAAAUAUGCACAGGAGGUCGGCAUUUUCUUUACAGCUUCUGGCAUGGAUGAGAUGGCUGUGGAAUUUCUACAUGAAUUGGAUGUUCCAUUUUUCAAAGUAGGGUCAGGAGAUACAAAUAAUUUUCCAUAUUUGGAAAAGACCGCAAAGAAAGGUCGCCCAAUGGUGAUUUCCAGUGGGAUGCAGUCAAUGAACACAAUGCAUCAGGUUUAUCAGAUUGUGAAGCCCAUCAAUCCACACUUCUGCUUCCUACAGUGCACCAGUGCAUACCCGCUUCAGCCGGAGGAUGUCAAUCUUCGUGUUAUAACGGCAUAUCAGUCAGCUUUUCCUGAUAUCCCCAUUGGCUAUUCGGGACAUGAAACUGGCAUAGCCAUUUCAGUGGCAGCUGUUGCUAUGGGUGCUAAAGUAGUUGAACGCCAUGUGACUCUGGACAAAACAUGGAAAGGAAGUGACCACCAAGCAUCCCUGGAGCCAAAUGAACUUGCGGAGUUGGUGAAAGCCAUCCGUACUGUGGAAAAGGCAAUGGGUUCUCCAGUCAAGCAGCUCUUGCCCUGUGAAAUGGCUUGUAAUGAAAAGCUGGGAAAGUCUGUUGUGGCAAAAGUGACAAUUCCUGAAGGUACAGUACUGACACUUGACAUGCUGACAGUGAAGGUGGGAGAGCCUAAGGGAUUUCCCCCAGAAGCUAUCUUUGAUCUGGUGGGCCGGAAGGUUAAAAUGAAUAUUGAAGAAGAUGAAACCAUCACGGAACAAGCAAUGGAAAAUCAUGUAAAAAAAGUGAAGUACUAAACCAAAGCAUUCUGAUGUCUGUUUUGACGAUGUAGUAUUGUACUACUACACUGCCUAUUUAGGUAUUGCAGCAUGGUAGAUUAGAAGAAAGGGAAAAUCAUGAGAAUUGAAAUAGACUAGAAUGUUCAGGUUCUUGUUAGCAGGAAGUGUUUGCAGCAGAUGGAUUUAAAUUAUGAAGGGCAGUUUUUUUGGAAACUGUACAGCAUGAGAUUCAGAAAAUGCCAUGCUCUUCCUUUUCCAUUCCACUUGAACUAGUUUAAUUUGGAGGUUUGCCUAAUCUGAGACCAAGGUCUGCUACUUUCCAGCUUCCCUUUUCUGGUAAGGUUAUGCUAAAUGAUUAUGAUUUGUCUACACUUUGAACUGUUCUAACACUGUAUCUUUUGGUGACCCACUCUCCUGCCAUUUCUCUCACCCCUCUAAUAACAGACAGCUAGUUGGUGUUGAAUGCAGAUAAGUGAAAGGUUAUAUAAACUGAAGAGAGAACUUCACCCGUGCAACCAAGUGGAUUUCUCAGUUGGCUAAAAAGUCUCGAGAACUGGGUUGGAACCAGCUUGUGGUGUGGAGGUGGACAAAUGGGAAGUGAGACUGUAUAGAGAAAGGGAGAUAUAUAUUCCUGUAAUGCUCUCUGGGAAAACUUAGCCUCCUUGAGAAAACUAAAUCCACAUGUGGCCAUACCAUCUUAAGAGAUGGCACCAAAAUAGGCAGUAAAUUAGAUACAUAGGAAGCUCCUAUAUAAGGGGUAAGAGAAAUGGACUUUUUGUCCUUUUUCUGAAUUGAAAGGCAAAAGAGGCAGCCAGCCAGAUUAAGUAAAAAAUGCAUCUGAGAUGGAUCAGUGGAAAUAAAUUUAAUCUGUGCUUCAAUAUUUAAAAAAAAAAAAAAAAGCCCAUGGUACCCACUGCGAGCUGACUGAAGCCUGGAACCUUAAUGAAUUCUGCAGUAGCUUAGGGCACCUGUAUUUGUAUUGCCAGCUUGUUUACUGAAGUUAGCAGAUUUCAGAUAGGAAGAUAAAUUCUGAUCAGGAUUUAGCAGCAUCCUUUCUGGACCAUCAAGUGAAAACACUGAGUUGGUUGUGUGGGUUUUUUUGGUUUUUUUUUUAGCACUGCUCUUUGAAACAGCCGAGGCUGGCUACUCAACUAGAUGUCAUCAUUACACUUCAUCAUUGUGUGUGGUGAUCUGUGGUCCUCUGUGUCCUCUGCUUUUGCAUCACAGGUUCUUGCCUUUCAAGUAGGAAAUACAGUCCCACUCCUCAUCAGCCUGCUGCUCUUCUUGUUGUCCAUGAGGGAUCCAGAUGGCAGCAGCUGCAAACUGUGCAUCCCUCAGGCUGGUUAACACAGAACGACUUUGCUGUAAUGAAUCUCCAUUUGUCUGUGUCAGAAUCAUUUUACUGGUGAUGGUUAUUUGGAACUUGCUGCCUCUUGGUCAUGACUUAGUAUCUUGAACAUGGCAGUGGUGUUUUUAAAUUGUGGGCUACUUACUGUUUCUUUCAAAAUAUUUACCCUUCUGCAAUUCUGAGGAAACUAGUCCUACCUUUGAUGUGGGAAGAAGAAAUUCUUUAAGUGAAUUUUGUGCUUGUGACAGUCUGUAAGCUUUGAUUGAUGCAAUAUACUUGCCUUAUAUUAAGAAACUACUCAGCUGAUUAAGAGUUUUUUUUUUUUUUAUUGCAAACUUAUGAAAAUAAAGGAAGCUUAUAAAAGAA